GUUUGCGACGUCGUCAUCCGCUUGGCCGCAGCAGAACUCAACCCAGAGUUCAGCAUCGCUUGCAUUACAGCCGUCGUCAGUGAUUGAUGGUAGCUCGUUCCUGAAUACGCAACUUCCGAAUUCGCACAGCCCCUACUCACCGAAUACGUCUUUCAAUAAUGAGUAUUCUUUAAUCACAUCGAUAACGUUUAUCCGCCUUGAUCACGUAAAACAAUUAAAUGUGCCGUUUAAAAUCUCCAGUUUGCCGCUGUCCAGCCAGACGCAUAUGGGCUUUCACAUGGCUGGACACAUCCCAUCCACUUCGGCGCAGAAUCCGCACAUUGUCGCCGGUGGUACCAUUGUGACGUAUCAGAACAAUACUCAUAAUCGUGUGCAGCGCGAAUAUGCAACUUCUCCAGUGAGAAAGUUGAGCAUUGAUCUGAUCAAAACCUAUAAAGGCAUCAACGAGAGCUAUUAUGCGCGAAAGGCAAAAAGGCGGCAUGAGCAAGAGCAUCAUACGCAGCCCGGACUUCAUCCGGCAACACUGUCCGAACAUCAGCAUGCUGCGCCACCGCCCAAACAAGCCGUCUCAUUAAAUCAACAGGUAAUGCACUUUUUUCUCCAGUCUGCUUUGAAACAGACGUGGUCAAUGCAAAACUUACUUGAACAAGGCCAUGCGCAGCAAGUGCAGCAGCAGCAGCAGCAGCACACAAUGUUUUCGCAUGCAGCUGCUGUUCCUUCGUUAUUGCGACAGUUACAUGUGCAGAUUGCGGAAAAUCCGCAAAACGGCUUGAACAACAACGGGUAUGACGAUGAAAACCAUGACUAUAUUAUACACCCGGGUGAAAUCUUUUAUAACAGGUAUGUUUCCUUUCCUGUGGAACUGUUUGUUUUCUUUGAUCACAUGGGCAAAACAAUCGCACAUUUUUGGCAUCUGCUCAUCCUGAUUUUGUGCGGAGAGCAAUAA